AUAUUUUAAAAAUCAACUUGCGGUCACGCUGCUUGCUGCUCAGUCUGUGCCCUCAAUUAAAAAUAAAAUUACAAAAUUUCACUGUCUCUGUUUAUAAAAAAAUCGCAUUGUUAAAACGUUCUUAUUUACAUUAAACACAAGUGGUAGUAACGUUGUAGAACAUGUCAACACCCGCACGCAGACGUCUUAUGAGAGAUUUUAAAAGACUUCAGGAGGACCCACCAACGGGUGUUUCGGGUGCACCAACAGAUAAUAAUAUUAUGAUAUGGAAUGCUGUGAUUUUUGGUCCACACGAUACUCCAUUCGAAGAUGGUACCUUUAAGUUAACCAUAGAAUUUACGGAAGAAUACCCAAAUAAACCGCCAACAGUUCGAUUCGUAUCGAAAGUAUUUCAUCCAAACGUUUAUGCAGAUGGUGGCAUAUGCUUGGAUAUAUUGCAAAAUCGCUGGAGUCCCACAUACGAUGUGUCAGCAAUAUUAACAUCCAUACAGUCACUGCUGAGCGAUCCCAAUCCCAACUCACCGGCCAACUCAACAGCCGCCCAGCUUUAUAAAGAGAAUCGCCGUGAGUAUGAGAAGCGUGUGAAAGCCUGUGUGGAGCAAAGUUUCAUCGAUUAGCCAUGCGCCCACACAGUUAACAUCAACAGCAACAACAACAGCAACAACAAUAAUAUUAGCAGCAGCAGCAACAACAACAGCAGAAGCAGCAGCAGGAGCGUCUACAACAACAACGGCAGAGGCAGUUGUAGCAGCGAUAACUUGCGGCGAAAAACAACAACAUGCAAUAAUAUAAACAAGUUUAAAUUAAAUAAUAUCAGAUAUAUUUAUAAUAGUUAUAAUGCUAUGAAAUUGUAAUAUCGCCUAACACACACACACACACACACACAGACAGACAGUCCACAUAUACCGCAUACCCUUGCACACAAACAUACACACACAGAGAGACCCGUAAAACAGGGCAUUUUAUAUUUUCGGCGAAAUGUUUUAAUCGUAGACACGCGACAAGAAGCAUCAGCAACAAGAACAUCUACCAACCCACUGAAGCAGCAAACUACUUCAACCGACAUCAAUAGAUAUAUCACCUAAAAAAGCCUCUUAUAAGCUAACAAUAAUAUUAAUAACACAAAAAGAAUUCAAUGUUAUAAUUCAAAUAGCAGCAGAAAGAAAAGUUAUUAAGAAUAAUAAUAAAAAAAAUU